AUGGCCGCGCUGACGGCGGAGAACUUUGCAGCUCUCCAAAGCCUGCUGAAGGCCUCCUCAAAAGAUGUUGUCAGACAGCUGUGCCAAGAGAGCUUUUCCAGUUCGGCCCUUGGCUCCAAGAAUCUCUCAGAUGUUACGUGCUCCAGCUUAUCUGUGACCCAGGAGGAGGCAGAACAACUGCUCCAAGCCCUGCACCGUCUCACCAGGCUGGCCGUAUUCCGCGACCUCUCCUCCGCUGAGGCGAUUCUGGCACUCUUUCCUGAAAAUUUCCACCAGAACCUCAAAAACCUGCUGACAAAAAUCAUCCUGGAACACGUAUCUACCUGGAGAGCUGAAGCCCAAGCGAAUCAGAUCUCUCUGCCGCGCCUGGUGGACCUGGACUGGAGGGUGGACAUCAAAACCUCCUCAGACAGCAUCAGCCGCAUGGCCGUCCCCACCUGUCUGCUCCAGAUGAAGAUCCGGGAAGAUCCCAGUCUGUGUGGGGACAGGCCCUCCGUGUCAGCCGUCACCGUGGAGCUGAGUAAGGAGACGCUGGACACGAUGCUAGACGGGCUGGGCCGCAUCCGGGACCAGCUGUCCGCCGUGGCCAGCAAGUGA